CUCUUUCUUUUUCUGUUACAGAGCUCCAACAUGGGAGGCAAACUGAGCAAGAAGAAGAAGGGGUACAGUGUCAAUGAUGAAAAAGCUAAAGACAAAGACAAGAAGGCUGAAGGAGCAGCAACUGAGGAAGAGGAGACUCCAAAGGAGGCUGAGGAUGCCCAGCAAACCACAGAGACCACAGAAGUGAAGGAGAACAAUAAAGAGGAGAAGGUCGAGAAGGAUGCUCAGGUCGCUGCCAAUAAGACAGAAGAAAAAGAAGGGGAGAAAGAGAAAACAGUGACCCAAGAAGAAACCCAGAAAGCAGAACCAGAGAAGUCAGAGGCUGUUGUCGAUGCGAAAGUAGAGCCACAGAAGAACAACGAACAGGCAGCCAAGCAAGAGGAGCCAGCUGCAGCCUCUGCUCCUGCUGCCAGUAGUGAAGCACCCAAAACUUCUGAGCCUAGCAGCGAUGCAAAAGCUUCCCAGCCUUCAGAAGCCACAGCUCCCAGCAAAGCAGAUGACAAGAGCAAAGAGGAAGGGGAAGCCAAAAAGACUGAGGCUCCCGCAACGCCUGCAGCCCAAGAAACUAAAAGCGAAGUGGCCCCAGCUUCAGACUCAAAACCUAGCAGCAGCGAGGCUGCACCUUCUUCCAAGGAGACCGUAGCAGCCACAGCAGCACCUAGUUCCACUGCCAAGGCCUCGGACCCAUCAGCCCCACCAGAGGAAGCGAAACCUUCUGAAGCCCCAGCGACUAAUUCGGAUCAAACCAUAGCAGUGCAAGAUUAAAUUGGACAGCCUGUUGAAACAACCACUUUAAACAACCUGUGUCUUUUUUUUAUUUUUUCAGCUAUACUAACUCGUUUCAGAUCUGAAAUAACAAAAAGUAUUGCCCAGAAAGAGAAGGAA